AUGAGAUGUAAUGAUCCAUCUACAUUACUCCGCCUCAACACACCGGCAACAGACAUUAUAAGACAGUUUAUACUUAGUCAACGAUCAGCCAUUGAAUAUAUCAAAGCUCUCAUUCAACCUUUUGUCGUCCAGUUGGAAGUGUCCUCUGAGAAACUGCUCAAACCAAACGCCAUCGCCAGGAACAUCAUCUCCCGAGUCCUCACAAGUGGUCGUCAAUGUCCACCAUCAAUUCGAUACAUAUGUUUCCUAUUGCGAACCAUCAUUGGCAGAAAGUUCCAUGAUCACUGGACGGGCGCUGUCUGCACCUUCAUCUUCUUCAGAACUGUCCUGCCGGCUCUGAUAUCACCUCAUGUCUAUGGUAUUGAGUUGUGUGACGCUCUAAAGUUUGAACUACAUGUUAGGAUUGCCAAAUGUCUACAAGUUCAACUGAAUGAUAUUAUCAAUGAUACAUCAUCACCAAUGCAUGAUCAACUUGCCAUCUAUAUUUAUACAAUUUCAAGUACACAUAUAUCCAGUGAGGACUUGCAGUCAGAGGCCAAGUUCAAACUGUCCAAGAGAUCAAAGUCCAUGUCACUGAUUCACAUCCAGGAGCAUCUGGACGAUAUGUCCUCCAACGAUAGUAUAGACGAAGAGAUUGCCGAGACCGAACAGUAUAGUGCCAAGAGAGUUAUGUUGACCCUCCAUCGUAGGAAGUCAUCAAGGAUAACACGUUUAUUUAAUAAACUAUCAUCAUAA